AUAGAGAUUCAAAUCGACGGACGACAGAGAGUCCAACUAGGGAGGGAAAGAGAAGCCAGCACGAAGAGAAGGAAAGCAAGAUCUGCCUGGGCUCAGUUUGCUGGCACCGCUCCACCGGCUCCAAAGAUCAGAUCCGGCUAGAUGCAGCUCGAUCAGAGCAGGCAAGGGCUGGGAUUUGCUGGUGCUGUCUUCACCACAGGGACGUGCGGAAUCUGAUCUCUUGUCGCCAUCACAAGGAUCCGAGCAGCGAGAAGAAAGCGAGGGGAUUCUAUUCGGAUCCACAUUCUCCCCUUCAGUUGCUUCUUGAACCCGCAAGGUACUUCAAAAGCUUGGUAAAGCAGAUGAAACGAGAGAUGAACAGUUUGAAGGAUUUGUACAAAACUUCAAGAAGCAGGAGGCAGAAGGCAGUCGAUUACAAAGGGAGCUACGAGGCUAUCUCACUGCAGUGAAAGGGAUGCAGGAAGCCUCCACGAAGCUAACAGAGUCACUACAUGAGGUCUAUGAGCCUGAAUGGUAUGGCAGGGAUGACAUUAAAGCUGUAGGACAGAGUUGUGAUUUGCUGUGGGCAGACUUUCACCAAAAACUGGUGGAUCAAGCUUUGUUAACACUGGACACAUACCUGGGCCAGUUUCCUGAUAUAAAGACUCGAAUUGCAAAACGCAGCAGAAAGCUCGUCGACUAUGACUGUGCACGACAUCAUUUAGAAUCUUUGCAGCAUUCAAAGCGAAGGGACGAUAGUAAGCUCACCAAGGCAGAAGAGGAGUUUCAAAAAGCUCAGAAAGUGUUUGAGGAACUAAAUACUGACCUACAGGAUGAGUUACCAUCAUUGUGGUCAAGCCGAAUUGGUUUCUAUGUCAGCACCUUCAGAAACAUCAGCUGUAUAGAGUCAAAAUUUCACAAGGAGAUUGCAGUGCUGUUUCACAAACUCUAUGAAAUCAUGAGUAAACUCGGAGAGCAGCAUGCUGAUAAGGCAUUUAGUAUCCAAGGUGCACCAAGUGACUCAGGCCCAUUGAGAAUUUCCAAGACCCCAACACCACCAGAAGAACCAUCUCCACCCAGUAGCCCAGUGACCAGUCCUAACCAUAGUUUAGCACCUUUAGCAGCAUCACCAGCUCAUACUCCGAAUCGUCCCAAGUCACCAUCUCAGCUCAGAAAAGGCCCUCCAGUUCCACCACCUCCGAAACUCACCCCAACAAAGGAGCUGCAGAAGGAAAACAUCAUCAACUUCUUUGAGGACAACUUUGUUCCUGAGAUCAAUGUCACCAGCCCAUCACAGGCCUUGACAUGCUGUGGAUCCUUCUUUGCUGUACCAGAAUUAUCUCAACAGCCAGAACAACCUGGUGCUCAACCAGUGGAAUCAUUACUUGACUUGGACUUUGAUCCUUUCAAACCAGACCAAUCGACUCCAAUUACAAGAAGUCAGUCACCACAUGCUCAGACCCUGCCUUGGGAUCUGUGGGAGGCAAGUGCGGAACUGGUUCAACCUCCUGACUCUUCACAAAGUCUCUUCUGUCUCUGUAAUCCGCCUGUGGAGGACAGCGCAGAUGCUGGCGCACCAAGCGAUGUCACUGCAGCAGUUUCUGAAGUAGUGGCCGGCCAGACCUGUGCACCACAAUGGGGCUUAACCAACACUGGCCCACUCGCUAGCAGUGAGGAAGGAACUCUAGAUGAUACUCCCGGUGAAGCCCUGCCAUGUUCUCAGGAACGGGAAGCUACAGGGAGCUGUGCUGCCCAACCAGCUGACAGCAUUGCGAACCCUGUGUAUCAGACUGAGGAAGACCAACAGGGUUCAGUCAAUACAGAGAAUUGGCAAGAGAGUCCAUUAGACAAACAGGUAGACACUGAAAUAAUGGAGAGCAGGAAAUGGCAGACAAAUCUAUGUGUAGAACAAGAGUGUGGCUCUCAGCUCUGUGUAGAUCAGAAAGCACCCUUGUCCCCUAUUGAACCCCAGGAGGGAGAUGUAGAACUGAUUGAAGGAGAAAGUCUGAGUGAGUUCAAACAAAUAAGCAAGGAAGACAGUUUAGAACAUUGUCAUUCAGCAGGACAACUGGAAAAUGAAGUAGCAGAGAAUGCAGGUAAGAUUCAUGAGGCUGAAACCCACAGAGGCAAUGGCACUGGUGAUAAUGAUGCAGAAACAGAAGAAUUGCACUUCAGCGAAAGGUUUGAGCAGAAGGAUAUCCACAGAAGCUAUCAAAAUGAUCCUACUGCUGGCCAGUGUACAAAAGCUGAAAUGCUACUUAACCACAACAGUGAUAACAUUGUAGAUAGCCAGGAGGAGGAGGAGAACAUUCCUGUUAUGUGUUGGAAGGAAGAUAUUCCAAGUAUCCAAGAAAUUGAGGGAGUUGUUUGCAUAUAUGAAGGGGACCAAAACCUUCCCCUUCGUGAUCACACAGUUGAUAUUAGCUGCUACAACACAGACAGAACAGACCAGUGUCAGGAUACAGGGAGCCAGUUUGAACAAAUUCACACACAGAACAAUGAAAUAGGUAACACAACUAACACAGGAGAGGAAACAAGCCAAUCAGGUGGAGCCUAUGUUGAUAUUCCAGUUACCAAUCAAGCAGAUACGUUUCACAGAGAUGUCAAUAAUGACAAUAGACUUAGCCCCCAAAGGCUGGAGGUGGAUCCCUGGAGCAGAGAAAAACAUGAGAUAUGGCCAGACAACUGGGAGCCUACUAUUAGCAGUGAAGAAUGGGAUUUCUGUAGCCCGCCAGAGGGGAUGAUUAAUGGAUUUGACCCUUGGUCAUCAUUUCAGGAGGGCCAAAGAGAGUUUGAUUAUCAAAAUGAAGAUGGAAGAAAAGCACAUUUUUCUGAAAGGUUUAAAGAGAAAGUCAGUCCUAUACCUGAUACUAAUGAAUUUGGUGCUACCUGGGCUGGAGGCACAUUGAGUGGUUCUGAUAGGAAUGAGGAAACUGAGUUACAGCAGGAAUUAUAUGGGAGCUUUGAAAACAUUAGUGAUGGAAGCCAAACUAAAGAUAUGCAUAGUUCCCAAAUGUCCUAUCCAACCGAAAACUUAAGCAACGCUAGCAACGAGAGUUCAUCCAGUGCUAAAGAUAAUGAAACAAACUUCUCGGAUCUAUCGGAGGAUGAGAUUGCUAACCGGAGAUACGGACUGUUAUACCAGGAGCUAGAUGCUGAAACAGAAGAGGUACCUUGUUAAGUGUUUAGUAUAGAACAAAAGUUCUUAGGUAAACUAUCGGCUAAAUCUUCAUUAUCAUCCCUGAUUCAUUCCUUUCCUUCAACUGUCUGUUGUUAUAUGCUAUUCCUCCCAAAGGUCAUCAUAAUAAGUAGCAACAGUGAUACCUAUCUUGUGUGUUAUAUUGGUUGCAGUGAUAAAAGUGUAUGUUAACUCAACAUUUCAUCU